CUGAGCCUGCGCAAACUCAGGCGGCGCUCGUGGAGCCGAGUGCCGCGCAAUGGCGGGCACGGGCUUGGUAGCCGGGGAGGUGGUGGUGGAUGCGCUGCCGUACUUUGACCAAGGCUACGAAGCGCCCGGCGUGCGGGAAGCGGCUGCGGCCCUGGUGGAGGAGGAAACGCGCAGGUACCGGCCGACCAAGAACUACCUGAGCUACCUGACAGCCCCGGAUUACUCCGCCUUUGAAACGGACAUAAUGAGAAAUGAAUUUGAAAGACUGGCUGCCCGACAACCAAUCGAAUUACUCAGCAUGAAACGAUAUGAACUUCCAGCCCCUUCCUCGGGUCAAAAAAAUGACAUCACUGCCUGGCAAGAGUGUGUAAACAAUUCCAUGGCCCAGUUAGAGCACCAGGCAGUUCGAAUCGAGAAUCUGGAGCUGAUGUCACAGCACGGGUGUAACGCCUGGAAGGUGUACAAUGAAAACCUCGUUCAUAUGAUUGAACACGCACAGAAAGAGCUUCAGAAGCUAAGGAAACAUAUUCAAGAUUUAAACUGGCAGCGAAAAAACAUGCAGCUCACAGCAGGAUCUAAAUUGAGAGAAAUGGAGUCAAAUUGGGUAUCCCUGGUAAGUAAGAACUAUGAGAUUGAGCGGACUAUCGUGCAGCUGGAGAACGAGAUCUAUCAAAUCAAGCAGCAGCAUGGGGAGGCAAACAAGGAGAACAUCCGCCAAGACUUCUGACCUUGGGCGAAAGGGAAGAGAGGAGGCCCCUGCAAACCUGAGGCCUGUGGACUUCCUCAAAGCCACUGUUGUGCUUAGGGCUGUGUGUGCUGUUGUGUUGCUUCAUAUGUGUGUCUUAGCAAAAUAAAGGUUUGCCACACGUUGCUAUUUUUUUAGCUAUAGAAAUCUGAGUUUUCAAAGUGAGUAUGACUUUAGAGAAAGAGGGUCCCUCCAGAGUAAUCCAGCCGCUGGUGUUCUGUGAUGCGCUAACCAUCAGGAAAGAGGGUCACUCCAGAGUGUAAUCCAGGCUCUGGCAGCAGAGAGGAAGCCGGCCUCUGAUGGACUGAACCUCCAGCCCCUUCAAAAGUGUACUUAUUGAUUGUAAGACAAGUUCCUCAUACCGAAGCCCUUUUGAUCUGUAUGUUCUCUAAAGAAAAACAUCACACUCCUGCAACUUCCAUCCUUACGGUGUAGUGUUCGCCGUGCCCAACAUGCAAGAUUCUCCAGGUGUGCCAGGAUGCAAUGAAUGGAAAACAUCAGAAAAACCACUCUGAAUCAUAGAAAACAGCCCCUGUUCUCUGCUAUGAUUUCUUCAAGGUCUAAGUAAACAAAACAACUAUUGGGCAGAGGCAGGUGCCUCUCUUUGAGUCAGAGGCCAGCCUGAUCUAGAAAGGGAGUUCCAGGACAACCAGAGCUGCACAGAGAAACCCUGUCUCAAGCAAAACAAAAAAGGCGUGUAAGGUGGGCAUCGCUGUUAGAGGUGCGUGCGACAGGCAGCCUGCUCCUCAGCGUGACCCUGGAUGCCCUUGUCAUGUUUCACCACCUUGUCGUCAUGGUAACUUCAGGUGCUGUGUCAGAUCCACAGUGGACACAUGGGUAGGAAUACGGAAGGCGAUACUAAUGAGUUUCCCAGUUAGGUCUGGGAUGACCAUGCCCACAGCCAUAGUGUCAGUGAGUGCAAGGACGUUUCAGGCAGCCCUGUGUUUCCCAGAGAGGCCAUCUGCAGUACUCUGGGUGGUGGUGAUGGCAUGAACUGUAGUCGUGAGUCCCUUCUCGGUGCUAAAAUUGUUAGAGAUGACCUUCGUGGGGCAGGAGAGGGGAGCUAAGCAGUUAGUGGUACAAGAGACCUUGCUAGUGGUCCUACUUCCAGUUCACACCCAUUACAAACAUGAGGGGCAUCAGCAAAAGGGGCAGAGGUGCCACUUGAAGCUCCACCCUUCAAGUGGGCCUUGUUCUCCAUGGUGGUACAGAUGCCAGGAAACCCCACAACAUACUCAGCAUUUGGUGGCAUCACUGCUGGAAGAUGGAGCUGGCCUUCCCGUCGAUGUCAGGCUUCCCAUUCUGAACUGGACUGCUAUGGGAUUUGCCGUGGGGAGAAUUGUACUGGAAUGUGUACACCAUGUAUUUGUAGUCAGUGAAGGGGUCAUUGAUGGCAACAAUUCCACUUUGCCUUGAGUCGAAAGCAACCCUGAUAACUAGGUGUGCUCAGUACAGCCAAAUCCAGUCACCCCGACCACACCAUCGUGUGUUAGGAACUAGGCUGGACUGCACAAGAAAAUGCUGUCUGGAAUGGGGAAGAGCAGAGGAUCUAAGCGUU